CACAUUUUGGAUAUUGUAUAAAUAAAGUGCAAUUGAUGGGUCUUUUUUUCAAAAUUGCAACUAAAUCUAAGCAACAGAACCCAACCACAACAAAAAGCAAAAAAUCUCAGACAACAUCAAAAGUGAAAUCCAAGAACAAAUCUAGGAGGAGAAAAAUGUGGUUUGUUUAUGUGUGCGAAGAAGAAGAGAAAGAAUUGGGAAGACAACAAGCUUCAGGUUCUUGUCCUUAUUGUGGUGGGAAAGUUGAAGCUAUGGAUGUUGAGAUGCAAUGGAGGUUUUGUUUUUUGCCUAUGUGUUUUAAAAUCAAGAGAAAAUAUUUUUGUACUUCUUGUGCUAGACGUUUGGAAUUGAAGUACUAAUUAUAAAUUCAGACAUCUUCUUGGUUUUUUCUUCAUCUUCACCUUCUUUUUUUUUCUUUAUGUAUUUUUGUUUUUGUUUUAUUUUUUAUUGUUUGGUUCAAGUUUGUGGGUGGAGACUUGUGUAAAUGAUUUUAUUUUUCUUUCUAUUGUUUGAUUAUGUAUCUUCUGUUUCAUUAUAAAUCUUGAUGGAGAGUAUCAGGUUUGGCUUUUAUCUGUUUUUAAUUACUGGUAAUUUGAAACAUGUUUCGGUUAUGAUAAGAGGAACUUUGGAAAAAAGAGAGAUUUCUCUUGUAGAAACACAAAAGAUGAUAUGAGGAGAGAGAAGAUGGUGGGGUAAGGGAUUGUGUAAGGAAAGUUUUAUGUGUUCCCAUAUUUUCCAAAACACACCUACUUCAUAAUUCACCUUAG